AUAUAAGACAUUUAUAAAAAUAGAUAUUUCUAGUAUUUUUAGUGUUAUUAUUAUGUUAUUAUAUAUAAGAAACUUUUUUAUAUACACUUAUUUAGUGAGUGUUGCGUUACUAAUUCCACCAACAGUUAAUCACAUGAUGUAGCCUACAUUUUUCAAAGGACCUGUAUUUUAGAACCUAAUAGACAAAGGUAAAACUAUUUUUUUCUCAUGUUUAUUCAGACACCUAUAUCAGUGCUUCUGUUCUUGAUUAAAUGGCUUAUAUUUAGAAUAUAACUUACAGUUCAGUUCUUAGUUAAAAGAGUUAAAACUUAUUUUCUGGUCUAUUUUUUCUUAUUUUCAUCUGAUCUUUUGAUCAGUAACUACGUGUUCUGUAUAUGUUUGCGUAUUUACAUUUAACUUUCAGCCUUUAACAGCGAAUAAACGCGUCUGAAACAGACAGACGUUGUCAUUAAUUAACAAACGAAAACAGCUCGAUCAGCGUUCCCAUGUUACGUCACAAUCGUCUGCUCUACUUUUCUGUGCGUGUUUUGUUUGAUCUUCCGCGUUGUCUGAGCGACGCCCCUCCCUCGGACGUCACUGCAACCUGAACCUUUGCAAAUCUGGUCUGAAGUUUCUCCUUUUACACAACGAGUCUAUUACCAACAGUAAACAAAGUGUUUUUUUUUUUUUUUUUUUUUUUUUUUUUUUUUUGUCCUUUCAUUAUGGCCAAUCCAGGGGUAGCCAGAACAAAACAGUACACGUUAUUUUACUGGAAAAGAUCAGAUUUGUAUUUGGCAUCCAGUUGGGAAAUUAAACAGGAAAUUUGUCUGUGUUAUACUUGGCUGAUACUAAUUGUUUAAUGCAACUGCACUGAGCAUUCAUUCCUGCAUAUGGCCCUGUUCCGUUCAUAAGGUCACACAGAUCAGCAACUAGAGGCGGAUCUGCCGGGAAAGACUUUGGACUGUCGACAGAAGGGAGGCCCCACUCGCACGCCCUUGUGUGAAAGCAGGGAUUACCUCAUCUGAGCUAUGAAUAGAGAUUUUCACACAGGUUAUGGAGCCGAAUCGCGUUUUCGUAGAGUUCAAAUGCAAAUUAGCAAAUAAAAAACCUUUGAUUUUAUAAAAUGACUUUAAGAAAUAUAAUUUACUGGGAAAUGUUUACCAGCAGUUAUGAAAUAGCCCAUUUUUAUAAGAAGAAAUUAAAAACACACACGAGUAGAUCAUUUUGGGUACCUUGGCGAAGAUGUCGUCAUUAGAAUGUCAUUGAAUUAAGUGUGAUAUGAUAAAAAUAGUCUGUGCCGCAGUAGCGCUGUAGCCACAGGCUGCACACCGGAUGCGCCAUAUAUGGUCAGGACAUGCUGCUCUCUGAUUGGCUGCUCACAAUAGCGACAGGGUUGUUGCUGGAGCGCUUUGAGUGGGAGAUCCAUGAUUCUGAUUGAUAAGACAAGGGAGACGGAAAAAAAAUUCAUCGUUUUUAAUUGGGUGCGGUUGAAAUAUCACAGCAAUCAUCCGAUUGUUAACGCAGCAUGUUCAUUUUUUUCUUUCACUGUGAUUUAGCCUGCUCAUUUAGUCAAUCUUGACCAAAACUGUCUUUUUAAAAAAUAACAGCUUUACGUCAAAUAAAGUAUUUUUUGAAUUAAUUAUAUAUUCCUCCUUAAAUAGCACAGUAACCGUGUAAGGGACCAGUAGAUGAACCAAGUUUAUCAUAUUUGGCUGUACGUCUGUGUAAUAUAUGCAUCAAUUAUAUCACAACCACACGAAGGAAUGCAAAAGGCACAAGCUGCAAGCAAGGCACGUAAAAUGACGUAUCUUGUUCAUUCAUGUGAACGCUUUAACAUUAUUUAACCUAAUCAGAAAUCUUGCAUUUCAUAAAAUACAAAUGCAUGCAAUUGAAUAAAACGAUGAAUGCGGAAUAUUUGCGAAAUUCUGUAUAUAUCUGGCUGGUAUUUACUGUCUCCCCUCCGGAUCAGUGGUACAGUCUCGUCUCACAGAUUUCAUUCAUAAAAAUCUGCCUCACUAUAACGAGAAACGGGGCUGAUGGCUCGUGACUCCUAGCGUAUAGUAACCUCAAUCUAGAUUUAAGGGGGGGUGGGGAACUGCUAAGCAAAAUUUGGUGGCAUUAGUCACACAGUAAUCUAGUUCUCAGCAUCUCCUGGCGUGAUCUAGCAGAAGUGAUGCCCAAAAACACAUCCUCGUACCGGAGUGUUUGUCAGGUGUCUGCAGAAGAACAGCUGCACACAUCAGCCGCUCAGAUGAAGGAUACGCAGAAGGCAGGUAUUGUAAAGGACGAGUGUCCAAAGACAGAUGCAGCCGAUGGUCCCUUUGUUCCAACGGUCACUGCUGUAGCUUCAGCUCCAGAUCUGAAGUGGAUGGUUCUGUCCACUGACAUCUCUUCAGUGUCACCCUGCAAAACUGCAAGACACGAGAGACCACAGAGCUCAUGGCACUCCACAGAUAAACAAGCUUCUCGAAAGAUCUUCUCUGGCCGGAGAAAAUGGGUGAAAGAUCAGCUUUCUCCAGAGGAAGAGGAGAGGAAGAGAAUCAGAAGAGAAAGGAAUAAACUUGCAGCUGCAAAGUGCAGAAAUCGCAGACGAGAACUAACCAACAGUCUCCAAGCUGAAACUGAUAGCCUUGAGGAAGACAAGGCAGCACUGCAGUCUGAGAUUGCUAGUCUUUUAAAAGAGAAAGAAAGUCUCGAACACAUUCUUUCUGCUCACAAACCCCACUGUAAACUAAAGGAGGAGACAGCUGGGGAGACCGAGGAACAAAUCCAAGCCCAGGAGGAGCAGACACCCCUUCAGGCCCCCAACACCACCCCAGAACAUAAUCAGGUGCCCACCUCUCCCCAGCAGCCCGACCCCACCAGCGCUGCGAUCUUCGGGGACUCCGACGUCCUUCUGUGUUCCAGUGUCAUUGAGGUGGAACCCUACAUUGAUAUGAGGGAUGUGACCAUGGAAGACAUUAGCAAUGUGAUAGACAGUGGUGAUGACAUGGAUUUGUUAGUGCCAGACAUCGAUUUAAGUAGCUCUUUGGGCUUGAGCGAAUGGGAAACCCUGUAUAUGUCCAUGGGAGGUGGGUUAGAACCCAUAAGCUCCCCUACAUGUAGCCCGACCUGUAGCAGCAGCAACGCUGUACCUGUUUUCAACUUCAACAAUGCAGAUUUAGAGAAACAUGACAGUAACAAAGAGAGUUUGAGUAAAUCUAAUGCAUCCAAAGAAGUCUUGAUGACUUUAUGAAGGCUCUGGUACAUUGGGAACAAGACGGUAAUGUUGUUGGUGUGAAAGAAUUGUGGAUGAAACGAAAAACCCUAACAAAUGUUUUCAUAAAUGGGUCAACAUGUUCUAUGCUUCACAGAAUAUAAUGAAUGCUGUGUAAUAAUAACAUUCAAAAGAAAUAAGAUGUAACUUGGUCCUUACAUCCAGUGAAGUCACUAUACCUAUGUACCAAGGCAGAUAUGUUUCUUCAACAUGUUAGAAGUAUUGUUAUUCAUCAAGAUAUAUGCUUUUCAAUGUGUUCAUGCACUUUUGUUCCUGUGGGUCUAUCUGUAUCAGGUGAUCUUGUGCUGUACAGUGCAGUCUGUUACACUAACUGUUUGAUUAACAGCUUGUACUUUGUGGUAUUGUCAAAAGUCAAAUGUGAUCCUGACCAUGAAAAUCUAUAAUGCAGUUUUGUUCUUCCUACUUCCGUUUCUGUGGUCUGGCAUGCCUCUAAUAAACAAAGA